AUGAGGAGGGCAAUUCUCAAGCUGGAGAAGCGGCCGCAGCCGCAGCUGCCUCGGAGCUCUGAGGAGCUGGAGGAUUUGCAAAAGCUGCUGCACUUCCCGGAGGAAGUGGCGCUCAGAUUGACGGAGAGCGAGUACCAGCUAUUUUACCAGGUACCACCCUGCGAAUAUCUCCGUCACGUCUCCCAGGACCUCACGACCUCGCAGCAGCGCCAGCAACAGAAAGAUCAGCAGCGGCAACAAACGAAGAAUGAAACCGGAUAUUUGAGUCAAGCCACUAGCCCGAGUCUCACUAGUAGUUCUACCCAAACUGAGGACGAGGCCUGCUGGCCUACCUCGACGGCCUCCGUCAGCGUGCAGACUCUCAUCGAUCGCUUCACCGCGGUAAGCUCAUGGGUGAGCCACGUGAUAAGCAGCGGAUCAACGAUCGAGGAAAAGCAAGCCUUACUCUCCUGUCUGCUGAGAGUGGCUCAAACCUGCUGGAAUAUCGGCAACUUUAAUUCCGCCAUGGAAAUUGUCGCUGGUUUCAAAUCGAAUGAAUUAAAGUCGUUUUGGCAGAACGUAAACGAACACAUCCCAGUUUUUGAUUACCUUUCUUCCGCUCUUGUGUCUUCCGAAUAUCAACAUGCCCUGGCCCGAGCCCUGUCGAUGCCGGAAUGCCCAGUUGUACCCUUCUUCGGGGCAUUCUUGCGCGAACUUCGAGAAGUCAUUGCUAAUGUCUCGAAGCAUCCACCGGAGUACAGAGAGAAAGAGACUUGGCGCGCUAGCAGUAAGGAGGGCGAGACCCUCGAAAACGUGCCUUCGCCCUCGCCAGGCGCAAGAGUCACCGGCGUCGAGAGUUGCGAGUUCGCCACAUCGGUAGCUGCCCCGGAAGCUGUUCAGCUACGCCACUAUCAUCAUCGUAACGAGCAGCAGCAGCAGCCGCAACAACAACAACAACAGCAGCAGCAACAACAGCAGCAGCAUCAGCAGCUGGAGGAUGCUGAGCAACAGAAGCAGCAGCUCUGGCGGCGUUUGCUGGAUCGAGUCGAGAGUCGUUCCGAGCAAUUAUCCCCGAGUCCCAGGACCUCGGGAAACGAGAGCGGCACCACUGCUGUCCUCGAUAAGGUAAUGCUGUUCCAUCAACAUCGUCACGCUCGAGGUAGAGACGCGACAACUGGCUCUUUGCACCGUACACUCAGCAUACACACGACAACUCUGGAGCAGACGUACAUGGCCGAGGAAUGCGACGAGAACGACUACCACUUGGAUCUUGAUUCCUACAGGGCCGUCCAGCCACUCAAACACGAUCACGGCGUUUCUCUCUUCCCCGUAGCUGCGCCCCAAAAUGGCAUGGAUUUGCAUCUAUUACAAUUGCUACAUCAUGGGACGACACUCGUGCACUGGGAAUGCGAGGGCGGAACCUCGCGAACCGCACUAGUGUAUGCGCGAGUGGACCGAGCCUGCGGCACCUUCCUCUGGGAAAAGCCAAGCUGGAGCUCACUGAAGACAGGGAUCACGGGCCCGGGGCCAAGCAUCGCCGAGUACAAUCUGUCGGCGAACCUCGAGGAUGGCACACCGAGUGGCCUCGUGACGCGGUACUCGGCACAGCCGCCGGAUUGCGCCUCGGUGAGCCUCGAAGAGGGCCAUUUGGACCUAUCGUGCGUCAAGGAGGUAAUGAUCGGCUGCUGUGACCGAGACAGAGACCACGACUUGAGGGCAAUCUGCAAGAGGUACGGCUUACCUGGCUCGGACUCUUGUAUCGGCCUCAUGUACGGCUCCAACCUCUCGGACAAUCGGCUCAUCUUCUUGCUCUGUCCUCCCGCUUUAAGCAAGAUAUGGUACAUGGGCCUCUGCUGGAUUCUCCGAGGUCUGAAGCGUCAGCAGCACCUGACGGAUCGUCGCUCGCGAUGGUUAAAAGAAAAAUACCUGCAGCUUUACUUCGAGGAGCGCUGCACGGAGCCGACGACAGCCGAUGCUAUUCGCGUUUUCGGCGGUAGGGAUUGGUCGAUGACGGAGAGCAUCGGCACCCUCUCGCCUACGAGCAGCAAUACGAUGCGCAAGCGAAACGCCAAGAGCAAGAAGACCAAAUCCAUUGGAAACAUUCAUGCACUGACUAAGGACCUCAGCUUGAAACAAUACGAGAUUUCAUCGUCGGACGGCGGUCUAUCAGCUACGCCACUCCGUCACAUUCAGGGCAGCAGGGAAUCCUUGACAAAAAUUAUGCCUACCUCUCCACGUAUGGCCCGGGAUCGUAUACCUCCACGGAGUCCACCAGGAUCCGUCGAGCGAGUUAUCAAUCUGCCGUACACCAGCCUUCAAAGCCUAUUAUGUGUUGCCAGAGAUAAGGAGAAAAAUGGCUCAAACAUUAGUGGAGGAGGAAGCAGCAGUGGCCUUGGUUUAUCUGGAGGAAUCGAGGCGACUUGGCAAGUUAAGGCGCGGGCUACUUCCAUUAUGUACGAGACGCAGCUAAACUUCGUUGAAUUUGUCGCGCUCCAAGGAAAGAUUUGA